CCCACAACGCCCUCUUCGCUCAAACUCCGCCAAGCAGGCCAAAUUCUUCGCCAGUGCGACUCGAGAAUCGCACGCGAGCGGUUCAACUACAACUUUUACCCUCCGAACUUUCCCCAGUGAGUUCAAAUUCACCCUUUGAAAAAUCCGAAGUGAUUUUUUUUUAUUGUGCGCGAAGUGCUUAAAAACUAAAGGUGUAUUUUUUAAUUAUUAAAACGGCGCGAGGUCCUCUUGUCUUACCGUCGGAAGUUUAAAAGAGUGCGCGAGAUUAACUUCUAAGAGAGGUUUUUCGGUCUUUUUUUUAUUUUUCAUGACAUUUUUGAGGAUUUUGUGUGAAACUCAUAUGGAUUUUGUGAGCCGACGAUGACUUUUUUCAGGUUGACUCCAAAGCCAAUUCUUUUUGCCAUUGCCAUGUUUCUCAUCUCAAAGUAGCCCCUCGCCUUGAAAAUGAAGGAUAUUAAUCAAAAUUUAAGAAGAGAGGACAAUCAGGACAGUGAAUGAGGCGAAGCGAAAAAUGCGAAUAGGUGUGAAGUAACUAAGGUGGAGUGAGCAGAUUAGAAUCGGAAGGAAGAAAGGAUAAAAAAGAAGAAAAAAAGGGAAAAAGAAGGAAGAUGAUCCUGAUGUUAAACUCCAGAGGGAGGAGAGAAGGAAAGAAGAAGGAAGUGAGAAAGUAAAAGGACGACGAUCUUCAGCAUCCACAUCCAGUGGGAACUUGUGAGAUCCGCUCGUCGGUUAUGCGCUCAAAUUAUGCGUCUCGCGCCUCGGAGCAGCGGCGGCGGCGGCAGCGCCGGUGGCGGUGGCGGCCGCGGACCAUCGGCACGGAGAGCGCCAACGCGGUCUUGCGCUCACGUUUGCGCUCGCUGAUCAUUCGCCGGAUCCCGAAGAUUUCCUGUGCUCUCAAUCGGCUACAAUCUACGUCUAAAACUAUAAAUUCGCCCUACGAAAGACCAUUUUCACCCAAAGGCUUCUCUUCCAAUCACUUCGUCGGAUGCCCUUCUUCCAACUUCACGAGAGGAAUCUGCCGAUAAUACCAUCCAUAUUGGGUGAUUUCGCGUGUGGAUUUCGAACAUAAAAGUGAGAACAACAAAGUGAAAUUAUUUUUUUUUUUUUAAGUGACUCGUGACAAUUAUAGAAGUGAUCAGUCGAACGGAAAUAGUGCGUCGAUUUUCACAAACAGUGAAUCUAGUGAAUGAUUAUAAUUAAAGAAUGUUUAUAGUUCGUUUCGUCGAUUGAGUUCCAGAAACAGAACUUCCUUUCAACACCUUCUCCGCUUCCGAUACGAGAAGUUGUCGAUCUGCCUACAAAAUACCGUAAGAUCGACAAGGCUAGUCAUGUCAAGGGAUCGAGACGGUAAAGAAGACGAUAUCCAGGUUGGACGGAUCAGGAUGCCGGAUCGAUGGAGCGUCGUCUGUUUGAGAUAAGAGAGUACGAAAGUGGAGGAGAAACUAAAGGCGGAUUAUAAUAAACGAAAAAUCACCCACAACGCAUAGGAUCGAUUUCUUGACUCGAUCCGCGCGCUUCAAAGCAAACGGCCUUUUCGCUGGCCUGGCCAGCUACUAUGCGAAUUGAAGCUCUCAGCGCACUCGUCGCGGUGGUUUGGCUGACCGCAAUCCUGCGCCCGCGGCUCGUUGCCGCCAAUAACCGAACGCUGAACUUUUCUUCUCACAGACCUAAAGAGCACCAUACCGGAGGACACCUCUCUCAAUGGCCCGAGCCUCAGGCGGAGGUGGCGAUAAAACAUAUGACAUAUCGAGAGAUGCAGAAUAUAAUAAGGCAGGAAGGGGGGGAGGAUGGCGUUCCCGUCGAUUGCUGCCCGACGAAAGAGGAAGUGACCCAACCGGUCGGUGGCAAGAAUCGUGAAGACAGUUACGUCACACUUUACAAAGACGGCGAAAAUGUCCAACGAUUCUUCGAGUACUCCUGCAGAUCGGACGUCCUCGACAAACCCUGCAGGUUCAUCGACCGGAAGUUGAAGGAGCAGUCCAGAUGCGUACAAAAAUUCUCCUACUCCUUUGCCAUCAUUCAAAGUUCUGAAAUUAAGAAAGGAGAACACAUGAGGCAUCACCAUGAGCAGCAACAGUUCCCUGCCUUCCUCGGUAGCGCAGCGAGCGGUUCCACCUGGACCCUCGACUACAUAAGAGUACGGAGUGGCUGCAGCUGCGAAAUCACCCCCAAGCCCAAGAAGAAAAAGUUCGCGGCGAUGAAAGUCAAAAAAAUCAGGAGCAAAUCGCGAGCAUCUAGGAACGAUUCGAGUGAAAAGUGAAUAGUGACAAUAAUAAGGAUGCUCCUCUGCCAAAAAAGACUAAGUCCCGCGAUAGUGCGCUAGAUACUCCCUAAUUUAAUUUUUAAAAAAACAACAACAAAUUAUCCCCCAAUCUUGAUAAACGGCCAGUUCUUUCGCGAGCCCCCAAGUAAAUAUUUUCUAUUUUUUACACCUUUCUAGAAAUUCAUUAUUUUUCCAUUUUGCAACAGAUUUAAUUUCGAUUUUAAUUAAUUAAUGCUCGAGUGGUUAGCCACUACCUAAUUGAAGUGUACAUCUGUUUCUGAAUUCAUUUGAAUUUACCUCAGUUUCCGUUAAUGAAAUUAAAUUUUGCUGAAAUAUUUUGAAUUCUAGUGAAUUUACUUGAUCUUUU